CAGGAACAUAAUCAUCUGUCCUCAUUCCAGAAGGAACAAAGAGAAAGACCAGCGCCAAAGGGGAGACUGCAAAGAUCCAGCCUAGAGAGGAAGAUAAACAGGCAGGCGAGGAAUAGAGGAGGAGCGUGCUUUUGGAAGAACGUUUGUCUAGGUUAACUGAGGACUCCUCCAGGCAGGUUAUGUCACCGGCAGAGGCUGCCCUGAAGCUCCCUGCGGCCUGGAGACUAUGUACAAGAGGAAUGGUCUGAUGGCUAGCGUGUUGGUCACCUCCGCCACUCCACAGGGCAGCAGCAGCUCAGACUCUCUGGAGGGCCAGAGCUGCGACUAUGCCAGCAAGAGCUAUGACGCCGUUGUCUUCGAUGUCUUGAAAGUGACUCCUGAGGAGUUUGCCAGCCAGAUCACACUAAUGGACAUCCCUGUGUUUAAAGCCAUCCAGCCAGAGGAACUAGCCAGCUGUGGAUGGAGUAAGAAGGAGAAACACAGUCUGGCCCCCAAUGUCGUGGCCUUCACCCGGAGGUUUAACCAGGUCAGUUUUUGGGUUGUUCGAGAAAUUCUAACAGCACAGACUUUAAAAAUAAGGGCAGAAAUCCUCAGCCAUUUUGUGAAAAUAGCCAAGAAACUUCUAGAACUCAACAACCUUCAUUCUCUCAUGUCUGUGGUGUCAGCAUUACAAAGCGCUCCCAUCUUCAGGCUGACAAAAACCUGGGCUCUUUUGAAUCGAAAAGACAAGACUACCUUUGAGAAAUUGGACUAUCUGAUGUCUAAAGAAGAUAAUUACAAGCGGACACGGGAAUAUAUCCGAAGCCUAAAGAUGGUGCCCAGUAUUCCCUAUCUAGGAAUCUAUCUUCUGGAUUUAAUCUACAUCGAUUCUGCAUAUCCUGCCUCAGGCAGCAUCAUGGAAAAUGAACAAAGAUCUAAUCAGAUGAACAAUAUUCUCCGAAUAAUUGCUGAUUUACAAGUUUCCUGCAGCUAUGAUCACCUCACAACCCUGCCCCAUGUGCAGAAGUACCUGAAGUCAGUGCGCUACAUUGAAGAGCUCCAGAAGUUCGUGGAAGAUGACAACUAUAAACUGUCACUCAGAAUUGAACCAGGAAGCAGCUCUCCAAGACUAGUUUCAUCCAAGGAAGAUCUUGCAGGCCCCUCUGCAGGCUCCAGUUCGGCGAGGUUCCGCCGGAGGCCCACCUGUCCUGAUGCGUCUGUGGCCGGCAGCCUGCCCACGCCACCAGUCCCCAGACACAGGAAGAGCCACAGCCUGGGCAACAAUAUGAUGUGUCAGUUGAGUGUAGUUGAGAGUAAAAGUGCGACAUUUCCAUCGGAGAAAGCCAGGCACCUUCUGGACGACAGUGUCCUAGAGUCCCGCAGCCCCCGCAAGGGCCUCACCCUCACCUCCUCCGCCGUCACCAAUGGACUCUCCCUAGGCAGUAGUGAGAGCUCAGAGUUUAGUGAAGAGAUGUCUUCAGGGCUGGAAAGGGGACGUCUCUAUGCCACGCUGGGGCCCAACUGGAGGGUUCCAGUUCGGAAUUCUCCCAGAACCCGGAGCUGCGUGUACAGCCCUACCAGCCCAUGUACCUGUACCCUGGGGAGCUCAGCAGCUGUGCCCACCAUGGAGGGUCCCCUGAGGAGGAAGACCCUGCUCAAGGAAGGACGGAAGCCCGCACUGUCCUCAUGGACCAGAUACUGGGUCAUACUCUCAGGAUCCACCCUCCUGUACUAUGGAGCCAAGUCCUUGCGGGGCACAGACAGAAAACACUAUAAAUCCACACCUGGCAAGAAGGUCUCCAUCGUGGGCUGGAUGGUACAACUGCCCGAUGACCCCGAGCACCCGGACAUCUUCCAGCUGAAUAACCCCGACAAAGGCAAUGUUUACAAGUUUCAGACGGGCUCCCGAUUCCACGCAAUACUGUGGCACAAGCAUUUGGAUGAUGCGUGUAAGAGCAACAGGCCUCAGCAAUGCCAGAGAAGAAAGUCCAAGUCUGGGGAUCUGGAGACAGCUUUGGGGACAGUGGCAACAUUCUGAACUUGAGGUCAGUGGUCCUCCCAGUAAAGGGGGCUAAGAUCUUGUCCUGGACAUAGCUAUGGAGAGGUAUUGGGUUCUCAGUAUCCGCACGCUUUGUCAGUCUCCUGUGUUUCUACUUGUCAUCCCCUAAUGACCUACCCUCUGCUGCUUAUCCCCUCUAAAGGCAUACACUUUGUUCCUUCAGGGUUUGACUUCCUCACCCUAAACACAGUUUUAUUUUGAACAUAGGAUAAUGGCUGAGAGCAUGGGCUUAGGGUCUGAGCCCUGCUUUUUACUUGCUGUGGACUUAAACCCUCUAAGCCUAAGUUUCUUGUCUUCAUUAUGGGGGUGUUUCCGGCACCUACCUAAUAGGAUUGCUAUAAGAACUUGAGCACAUGAUGCAUACGAAGCAUUCAGAGCAGUACCCAGCACAUGGGAUUGUGACACGUAGCAGCUGUUAUUAUUGCCAUGCCCCCACCCACCUGACCUUGCAUUAACAGACUUCCCCUAGAGACCACCCCUGUCUCUUCAAAGGGUUAAAACUUUGACAAGAAGCUGAGCUUUCUCUUCUAGGUACCUGCAAACCUUAUGUCAUUUGAAUAAGUCUCUGCAGGACUUGGCGUGACUACAAAGGCUUCUGGGAGCCCAGACUGGGCCUGGUGGACAAGAGCAACCCUGGGCACAGACUGUGAGCCAGGGCGCUGGGAGCCUCACAGCCAGACUCACGGGAUGCGCACAGCCUUCAGCCUCACAGUCGCAGAGGGCUCCCCAAGUGCUGGAUCCACCUGUCAAUCCCCAGCGACUCCCAUGACUCUCAUCCUGCAGCACCACCUCACAGGGCGGUUGUUGGACCCCAGACUGCACACCCCGAGUCCCCUUUCUGGGCCUUUGUUGUCCACCAGCUGCUUCUGCAACAGAGUACAUUUGGCCCACGUUGGGUUCUCCUGCUUUCUGCUGACACAGUGGACAGCAUUAACCUGCGAAAGGGCCAGAGAGCAGGACAGGCUGCGGGACAGGCUCGUUACACCCCAAGUGCACGGGGCUGCUCACCCCCAGGGCUGCCUCAGAUUUUGUACAAUCCCCGAAGCGUCCUCUGCGUAUGUGUGCCGUCCAUGUGUGCGUGCGAGUGAGUGUGAACUCUUCAAGAAACAUGCAUUUUGGCACAGGACUUGUGACAUCACACACUUCAUUCGCUUUGAGGGCCUGCUUUCACCUUCAGUCAUAGCCUUGUCCACCGAGAAAGGUCGGGUGGGAGCGCCAGUGUUAAGGCUCCCUCACAUUCUCUCACUGUAAACAAACAAUGCCUUAAACCGUGUCUUGCUUUCUGUUCCUAUGGGUGCUAAUCAUCUGGAAGGCCUGCUUCCUGGGCCCUGGGGCUCUGCCAGGCCUUGUUGCUGUCAGCCCUUCCGAGCAGGAACCGGCUCAGGACGGUGGACUGGGCCGCUGGCCUGCUUGCUUCCUUUCAUGCCCUCUCCUAGCAGGGCCUGGGGCCCUUUCAUCUCCCCCGCUCCCGCCACGCCUGCAUGGGAAGUUGUGGCAUGUUCUCCUGGUGUCCUCAGAAGCAGCUCGGAGGCCGCCGUGCUCACAGUGAUCGGCUGCCCAGAGGCCCCUUCACGCCAACCUCCCCCACAGGGCAGGCUGUGCUCGCUGCCAUUGCCAUCGCACCCCUUGGCCUCCACUGCCAGGGCAGACCCACCAGGAUUGCUGAUCAUGCUGGGAGCUGAGUGACACUGAGGCCUUAAGCUCCCCGAGUCUUGCCCCCAAAUGCAGUCACCAGCAAGUUCUCCAUCAUCCAAGUCCAAGGGCACAAUUGUGGAUGACCAUCUGAGAGCUCUGGGGAGCAAAUGGUCCAGCCUCUGCAUUUGGCUAAGAGUGCUUUCCAUGAACAACAGCCUUGAUCUGUCACACUCUGUCAUAAUUUAAAGUGAUUUUUAUUUUGCACAAAUAUAUUUUUAUUCUACAUUAAUUGUGCUUUAUCAUCAUAGCCUGUCUCUGUCUCCCUUUCUCUCCUUUAACUUGAAUAUCUGUAUCCUGAGAGGGAAACCCUUAAAUGAUUUUCUGAAAGAGCCUGAAUUUCUGGGUCCAUUGCUAUCAUGGUCUCAGAACUCACACCAACAAGGCAUCAAACUGCCCUGAAGAGUUUCCUGGCAAGAAGCUUCACAACACCUUAAUCAGUACACUGUAAUAGGUCACCACUAUAAGAUCCACCAACAGACCCACCACAGUACUUUGAUCAAAUGGUGACGACUCUGAAAAUCUGAAUGUGUCACUGAGGGAGUGUUGUCAUCAGGGUGAUACAUUGUGCUGGAGCCUGACUGUGCUCAGAAACUCACCUUCCUUUGGAGCAGAGACUGGAUACUUUCAUGCCAAAAGAAACUCCCAAAGAUAACGUUGAUGCCAUCAAAUCUCGGCCACAGCCUUGCGUGCCCGCCCAUACCCCAGGUCUGAGUGUGUGCACCUAGACUCUUCAAGUUGGUAUCUGAAGGCUGAGUAACAAGGCCAGACACUGCAGUCACUUCCAACCAGAACCAUGCAGUGGUCAUGCUUUGACCUACAUCCAAUCUGAUCUCACCUGUUAACUUCUAAAAAGUCUUCAGCUUGGAUAGAAAUGCAAGACUGGAACACUGGCUACUUAUUUUCCUUGUUUCUCCACUCUUCACACUACGCUGGCUUUUCACAUAUGAAAUACAACAGAUGCCAAAUUCCCAGAAUUUCAGGCUCAACUAAAUCAAAUAGUUUUCUGUCCUUUACAGAUGCUUCUUCUCCUUCACAGAUGUUUGCUUCUGAGCCUAAUUUGAAAGAGCACAAUCACAAUUCUUUUCAAAGCACUUAAUCUGUUCACUAGUUGAGACUGAUCCCACAUCACCUCUCAGAAACAUUUCUUUCCUUGGACUCUUGAAGAAUCAGUUUGGUCUGACUGGCAAAAGCCAAUCUUAUUGGCAAAAGCCUGGUAGGACUGGUAAGAGCCCUGAACACAUCAGAAGAGUCCUGGAGAUGUAGUUGAAAGAUACUCAAUUCUCCAAGCAGGGACUCAGGCCAAGUAUGUGAGUUCAGUGCUGAUUGUCUUCCCAGUGCUAGCUUGUCCCACAAACCGGGCACAAACCACGGAGGGUGGGGGUCCUUGGGUGGAGUCUCGCCCUAGAGGGAAGUGUUUCUGGUUUUUGCUCCUCGACUGUCCAUUGUGCACAAAUACUUGUGAACCCACUGAAGGUCUUAUGUCUUGCAUGCAUAUACUGUAAAUUUUUUUUAGGCAAACAAAAUCGUGGCCAAAAUGAAAGGUGUAGAAUGCUGUCUACAAACUGGAGUAGAUAGCUGGUAGCAUUGUGAUGUCCUAAGAACAAUCCAUGCAGCUCACCCCACUUACUUUCUAACCCUCAGUUGAACACAUUCUGUAUGUAACUCAAGGUCAGCUGAGUGCAUUCUAGCAACUGGAAUGCUUUGUGGAGGAGGGUUUGGUGGAAAGCCGUAGAAACAUUUUCUGAAUAUACCCAGGGUGAAUGCAGCAUUCCCUCCCCUGACUGUUCAGCAUCCUGUCAGACAGAGGCGCUGAGGAGCUGAAUACUUGAAGGAAUCCUUGAGGAACUCAAGGAUUGCCAACUGAUUUCUAAAGUAUUUCUUUUCCUUACCGAGACUUUUACCUUACUCCCUGUCCCAAGCCCAGAAAGGUGUAUCUUUAAGGUCACCAUAUUUCAGGUAGAAUAUGAUCUGUGAAAAUGGGGAGCCGUUUGCAAGCCAAGCUUGCUUUAUUCCUGGGUGGGUUCAGAGUGCUACAUCCACAUUGCUGAUGCUCACAAUUACAGGUGAACAUCACCAAAACACAAUUUUACUUCUUUUUUGUGACCCCGUAUAUUAUUGUAAUCAACCCUAUGUCAUUAUUGAAAUAUUGGGUGAUUUCAUGUUUUAAAAACAAAAAGAAACUGUAAGAGUCCCUUUGAAAUACAGUUUCUCUGCAUAAAACCCCCAUUCUUUCAUUUAUUCAUUCAUAUCUCUAGUGAGUGUCUCCCAUGCACGAGGUUCUAUCCAGGGUAUAAAUGGCUGAAAACGAGACAGAUUGGAUCUGCCUUCGUGGGGUUGACCACUCAACGAACAAAUGAUCCCCACCUCAUGCACCUCCUUGGGCAAGAACCCACCUCUCCCCAGCCCAGGGUACAAUCUUCAUGCACAGAUUCUUCCAGAAACACUUCAAAAGUCCCCACAGACUGACCAGUCUUACUCUGUGAGUUCUGUCACAAUGAGGACUAGCUGGAGUGUGCACUAGAGGCCACAUAGUUCAGAACAGUUAGGCACAGAGCUGUGGCUGAGCAUACAGAAGACUCCAAAGGUAGAAUGAGAGAGUAAGGUCGGAACCUCCACCGAGUUUAUGUGAUAGGCUUUUGUCUUUAACUUUAGUGUUAAAUUCAAGUACAAUAUGAGCAAGAGCUGCAUUUUCUUGGCCGUGGAGAACUUGUCCAUGGACAUUGAUCCACCUCAUAGCCCUCUGCUGCACAAGUGUGUUUACCCCUAGGGCAGCCCCCAAAUCCCCUCACAGCAGCGCAGAAGAUCCAUCAGUUCAUUUUAUAACCAUGAGUCUAUCCAUUUCUGAAUGACUGUGACCAUUCAGUAAUGAAAUAAUAGAAAUUGAUUUAUUAGUAUAGUAUAAUCUUUAAUAAAUUUCGUGCCAAAAUGCAUGGUUUUCCACUUAGCAUUCAAAAUGUUGCGUAGAAAGUAGUUUUCGAUUUCUUAUGUAUUCUUCUAAGUGGGUUGAAAAUCAGUUUCUACAUUUUCGUUCGUUUCUUGUUAAAUCUGUUGCAUUCUCCCAGGCUGUCUUUUUUUCCAGCAGACCCCUGCAUGCAGCUGUGUAAGGACUUUCUCUAAUACUUGUGAAUUGUCUCAUCUGCAAUAACCACUGAACAUCAGCCCUCCAUGGGAUUCUUUAGAUUUUUGGUGAAGUAUUUUGUUACCUCAGUCUUGUAUCAAGUUGCUGUAUUUUUCAGCUUGUUACAUUGAUAAUAAUUGUUUCACUAAUUAAAUACUUUAAUGUACAGACAUCUUUGUUUACUUUGAAAUUAAAUGUGUUUUCCAAUGAA